CAAGGUGUAGCCUUGAAGAUUCAGUUAAUAAAGCGGUAGUUCGAAAGUCGGUUCGUCCACGAUGCAAAACGAAGCUGGAGAAUUCGUUGAUAUUUACAUCCCGAGACGCUGUGCUGUCACCAACAGACUAAUUGGUGCGAAAGAUCACGCUUCAAUCCAAAUACAGUUUGUUGAUUUGGAUCCUACAACCGGGAGAAUGACCACAGGUAUUAAGUCCUACGACAUAUCGGGGUCUAUACGUUCUAUGGGUGAAGUCGAUGAUUGCAUUAAUAGACUGGCAGUUAGAGACGGCAUGCUACCACCAAACUUCUGCGAAAGGACUUACUUGUAACGUAAUGGAUAAUACUUUCGAAUAAAUUAUCUUUCUAAUGGA